AUGUUUUAUAAAGAAUUGAUCGAUUGUAACUGUGACCAAAAUCAAAAAAAUGUAGAAAGAAAUUCUUUUGGAAUAUAUAUCCGAUUAUUGUAUUGUUUAUUUUCUGUGGCAUCGCUGAUUGGUUUUUCUUGUAUAGCAAACGGGAGCAAAGGGAUAUUUUAUUUGCUUUUUUCUUUUUGCCCUAGUUUCGUUUAUCUUUAUCUAUUCAAGAAGAAAAUAAAGAAACGAAUAAAAUUUUCACAUAUUGUUGAAAUGAUAUUAUAUGGAGCUAUAUUAUCUAUUGUUUUUGCAGGAUUUAUAGAAUAUAUUUUCUCACUUUUAUGUCUUUAUUUUUGUCAUACAUGUUUUUUAAAAAAUGUUAAGAACCCAUAUUCCUUUGCCUGUUCAAUAAUAAUGCUAUUAUACUUUUUUUUGGGGGUAGCAUAUGUAGAAGAAUUUUCAAAAAUUUGUCCAAUAUUUUUUAUCAAUGCUAAUUCAAUAGUAAAUGAAAAUGAAUACACAGAACUGCCUAUUAUUGAAAAUCACAAUUUUAAGAAUGAUAUAGCAUAUGAAGACAAUGAAAAUAAUAAUAAAUUUAAUAAGUUUAAAUAUAUUUAUGUAGAUGAUAAAUUCGAAUAUAUAUUUUUUUCUUUGUGCUCUUCAGCAGGAUUUUCGAGCACAGAAAACCUAGUUUAUUUUACAUUAACAUCAGAACAAAAUAUUUUGACAAUUAUAAUACUAAGGAAUAUAAUUUGUGUCCUAUUACACAUGUCAUGUUCAGGAAUAGCAUCCUACAACAUUAUAAACAAUCGAAAUAAUGAAAAUAGAAAAGGUAUAUAUAAAAAAAGGAAUUGUAAAUGCAUAUCGAGCAAAUUUGCAUGA